UAAAAUCAGGUGGAAUCAAUCGCCAAAGCGAGGUAAGGCAGCAGAAUUUCCAGGUGUGUCCAUUAACUUCUGAUGUAUAGUGAAUAUAUCAAAAGGAAACUGAAAGAUUUAAAGAACAUCUGAAGAGAAAAACGCUCCCACUUGUUCUUCGUUUGAUAUUCAUGCUAUUAGAUUGUCUAUUUCUUCGAUGACCCUGGAGACUCAAAAGGACGAUUCCGAGUGUGCUUGUCUAGUCAGAGAAGAAACAUUACCAGCGGGAGCAAAUUUAAAAUCUCCCGAACAACCAAAAUAUGACACUGCAAAAGAUGCACUCUACAAAGGUGAAGAAGAAGAAGAAGAAAUUGCUGGUCACCAAUCGAUAGCUAAGUUCCAUGAACAGCUUCUUGAGCAGGCUGGUUUUGGAGCCUUCCAUCUGUUGGUUUUACUUAUGGCUGGUUUAGGUUUAGCAGCAGAUGCAGUGGAAUUGUUUGCCAUCGGUUACAUAAUUCCCAGUGCUGAACAUGAGCUAUGCAUGGAAGAAUCUCAAAAAGGAUGGCUAGGUACCAUUUCAUUUAUUGGGAUGACGAUUGGAGCUCUUUUAUGGGGAAUAAUGGGAGACAGAUUAGGAAGGAGGCGCACUUUACUGACUGCUUUAGCAACCAACGGAAUAUUUGGAGUAAUUGCAGCUUUUAUGCCCACCUAUUCACUUCUCAUGCUAACUCGAUUCUUCAGCAGCAUUGGCAUUGGAGGAUCACUACCAAUUGUUUUCACUUUUUACUCCGAGUUCUUAGUACGUAAAAGCAGAGGAAAACAUCUUAGUUUUUUACUAGUUUUUUGGGCCCUGGGUGGCCUGUUCGUCGCUGUUCUAGCAUGGGGUAUCAUUCCAAAAAGUGGUGCUACGAUUAUGGACACUAAACGUCUUCAUUUCGGAAGAUGGAGAAAAUUUUUGUUAAUUUGCUCUAUUCCUGCCAUUAUAUCUGCUGUUGGAACAACUUUCUUACCAGAAUCACCUAGAUUUCUUCUUGAGAUGGGAAGAAAUAGUGAAGCUCUUUAUGUCUACAAACAAAUAUUUUCUUGGAACAAUGCAGUGAAAAGUGGUGAAGAAUACCAACUAACAGAGAUGGAAAUUCCAGGAAGACGACCAACCGUCCAUAUAAACAUUCCACCCAACAGAGGCAUAUUAAGAGAAAUGUUGAGAUCAAUGGAAAUGUGUUGGAGCAACAUUUCGAAAGUUUUUGCUUCCCCAAACACAUAUUUAACAGUUCUGCUUUUGAUUCUUUGGACUACAGCAUCUUUCGGAUUUUAUGGCAUAUCGAUAUGGCUUCAUGAGUAUACAAAAGUCAUCGAAGAUGCUAAUUUCGAUUCAAGAAGUCUCAAACAAACCAAUUUAGUGAUCGAGGAUAUUAGUUUUAACAAUACCAUCGAAAAUGUGCAUUUCUCAAAUCUAACGUUCGUCAAUGUCCGGUUCAUACAAACUCUUAUUAAUCAUUGUUCCUUUCAUAAUUGUUCGUUCAUAAACUGCACAUUCAGUAAUAUUAGGACGAGCAAAACAUACUUUAAGUUUUGCGAUUUCUAUCAAACAGAGUUUUUUGACACUGAUCUCUUCAAGUACAAGUUUCAAUUCUGUACUCUGGUCUCAUCAUACUUUUUCAAUACGAAAGGUGGAUGUGAGUUAGAUUUUGACAUCAACUUUAAACUCUCAGAACUUUUCUAUGAAAAUCUAUUUGCUCAACUCGCUAUCUUGCCGGGAGCCCUGAUAUCGUCUUUCAUUUUAGAUAGGAUAGGUAGAGUUAAAACAUUAGGUGUAUCUUUGUUGUUGUCUGGUUGCAGUGUUCCAUUUUUGUGGCUAGCAACGAGAAAGGAAGCGCUCAUAGCAUUUGAAGCAGUUUUCACAUUUCUGUCUGUAUUUGGUUGGAAUGCAAUUGAUGUUAUAUCGACUGAAGCUUAUCCUGCCAACAUAAGGACGACAAGUUAUGGAAUCUUCUCAGCCAUUAGCCGUAUAACUGCAAUACUCAGCAAUUUAACAUUUGGAAGUACUGUCGAAGCUUCAAAAAUCAUUCCAAUCGUUAUUUCAAGUACGGUUUUAAUUUCAGGAGCCCUCUGUGUCACUAGGCUUCCAGAAACUAAAGAUUAUCUUGUCUAAUGCGCACAAAAGAUGGCUUUGCAAAGAAAAGAUGCGUGCUAAACUUAAAAAACUAUUUGUGACUCUAGCUACGUAUAUCUUUCCAAAGAAAGACUCUUAAUCUACUUAAAGACAAAAGUUGUAAAAAUACAUUCCUUUCGAGUACUUUGGUAAAGUAUGUGUGAACUAAAGUGAAAGUGAAUUUUGUGAAAAUAUG